AUGUCAAGUUUUCUUGAGCAAGACGCAAAAGGGUACUUCUUCGAUAUGGAGUGCCCUGAGCUCACUGGCAGCGAGUCCUCGCAGAGCCCAUCCGGUUCGUGCUUCACCAGCGGAGGGGCUUUCACUCCACCAUCACCAUGCCUGGACUCAAAGGAUCCGACUUUCGGUGAAGGUGGUAUGCAAGCAUACUCAAGCUUCUCUGACCUGUCGCCAUUGCCUAGCUUCGGCGACAGCUGUCUCAACAUGGACCCGUCCUGGUCCGAACAGCCUGCUGCAGUCUCCUAUAACACAUCAUCCCAGUACAACUCAUCAAUGUGGUCGUGCUCUCAGUAUGAUCCAGCUCAGCCUUUCUUCAAUGUCACUGGCCAUAUCUCCGCCGCAUCCACUCAGCCUCAAGCUGAUGGGUUAUUCGCAUCCUCGAUUAUCCAGGACAUGCCCUCCGCGACCGCAUCGCACCUUCCUUCGAGCAUUGGAUCAUCGCUGCAGCAAAACAUGGCAACCGGUUUCGUAGGCUACGAAGCAGAAGGACUGGUUGCGCCUGGACACCUCUUCAACACCACGCUGGACAAAUUCACCUUCGUGGACACAAAACCUGUAUUCUUCUCCACGCAACCUAUGACUGAAGACAGUCUUGCAUUCGAGCCACUCCCUAGUACCAACGAGCUUGAAAUGCCAUCCCAGCCGGUUGAGCAAGCAGUCAGAUAUGUUCCUGAGGUGACUCGUAACAACAGAGAUGAAUAUCUCCAGGAAGCCCGCCGACGUGGUCUGUCCUACAAGGAAAUCAAACGUCGUGGUGGCUUCACCGAAGCAGAAUCUACUCUGCGUGGCCGCAUUCGCAUCCUGUCCAAGCCCAAGGAGAUGCGUGUCAGGAAGCCACAGUGGAAUCGCUCAGAUAUCAUGCUCCUCAUUGGAGCAGUCGAACAUUUCACUGAAGCAUCCACAGAAUCGUCGUCUCGCAAGGGCAACAUGCGUCAGAGGAACACCGCGAGCAAGUUGCCAUGGAAGAAGGUCGCCGAGUGGAUGCUCGCCCACGGUGCAUCAUAUCCCUUCGCCGGUGCGACCUGUGCCAAGAAAUGGGAGCAGAUUCGUGAGAUAUCCUUCUAG